UGUUAGAUGUUUCAAUCAAGAAACUUCAUUAUAUUAUCCAUAUCUAUCAUUUUUAUAGCAACUAUAGUCUCAUCCAGUAACAUCGAUCCCACGUUGUCAUUUACCACCUUUGUAUCAACAUUUAUCACCACACCACCCAAAAACAUACAUCGAUUAAUCACCACUUCCACAAGUACCAUCUUCAUUAUCGUCAUUGCAUACUAUCUUAAUAAAAACAGUAACAUCCCAGCAUUAUUUCAUAGAGUUUUAUCAUUAAUGAAUUCCAAUUACAGGUAUAUUACUAAUAGACAAGGAGGUCGUUUUGGCAACAAGUCAAAAUAUUACAAAUUUGCCAUGAAAAAUGGUGGAGUUGUUGGAGGGAUCAGCAAUGAAGGAAACACAUGUUUUAUGAACAGUGUUAUCCAAUCUUUGGCUUCCUCGAGGGAAUUGCUCAAGUUCAUUAAUUCCUAUUUAUAUGAAGAAAUUGCCGUGCAAAAACCAGAUUCCCCUACUAUGUUCAUAAAAUCUAACCAACCAAAAAGAGAAUUGGUAUUUACAAAUGCAUUAAAGACCAUAUUGGAAAAUGUUAAUGGGAAAUACGGUCGUACGGGAAAAGAAUUCAGUUCAAGACAAUUGUUAAACAAAAUGCCUAAUGGUCCUAAACAAAAUUUCUUUUCGGGAUACAAUCAAGAAGAUGCUCAAGAAUUCUAUCAAUUAGUUAUGAAUUUGUUGGAAAGAGAAUACAAGAAUGUAAGCACAUCAAGGAUGCCCACCCCUGAACCAGAAUCUGGACCAACCGAAAAGUUUAUUGAUAUGAAUCAUGUUAAGGAAAUAGUAUCGGGUGUGGAUCAAUUGGGUAAAUUGGGAGUGGUAUACGUUCCUGCUUCUCAGGUCGAUCCUAAUUUAGUCGAUUGCGAUCAUAAGCUAUUCCCAUUGGAAUUAAUUACUCCAGUUGAUGGUAUAACUGCCGAGCGUAUUGGUUGUUUGACCUGUGGUGAAGUUGGUGGGAUCAGAUAUUCUGUAAAUAGUGGAUUAAGUUUGAAUUUACCCCAUGAUGCAAGUUAUUAUUCGAGUUUUAACUUAAACGACUUGUUGAACCAAUGGAUUACUCCAGAAAUUAUCGAAGAUGUUAAUUGUAACCGUUGUGGAUUAAUACAAACAAGGGAUUUCCUCAAAAAUCGUCUUGAAGAUUUAAGCCAAGGAGACACUCUGAGUAAACUUAUUGAACAAUUUCAAACUAGACUUUCGUUAAUUGAACAAGAAUUAGACCAACAUCACAUCACUGAUGAAAUUUUUGAAAAAUUGACCAUCAAGAAACAAAUCAAAAAAUCGAAAAAGUCCAAACAAAUAUACUUAAGUAGACCACCACCACUAUUAUGUAUUCACAUAAACAGAUCUGUGUUUGAUCCAAGAACUUAUCUGAUUGUCAAAAACCCAAGUAAUGUUGAUUUCCCCAUAAAAUUGAACAUGACUCCAUAUGUGGUGACGCCAAAUGAUAUUAAUAUGGAUGCAAGAUUACCAUUCAGAAAACAAGACCAACACGCAAGAGAACCGAUUGAAUCUGUUCCUGAUGUUUCUUCAACUCCUUCAAGUUCAUCUUUGUCAUCCGAUGAAGUACCAUCUACCCUGACUGCUGCCACAUCAGCCAAUAUUGAAGAUACCCCAGUCGACCCUAAAUUAUUAUACAAUUUGAAAUCAGUCAUUUCUCACUAUGGUACCCAUAACUAUGGACAUUAUAUAUGUUACAGAAAAUUACGUGGGUCAUGGUGGAGAAUAAGUGAUGAAUCAGUGUAUGUCGUCAGCGAAGAGGAAGUGUUGAAUGGACAAGGGACAUUUCUCUUAUUCUACGAAUUUGAUGAUGGAUAUAAGGAACAAUUGGAAGAUGUUUCCAGCGAAGAAGAGGAAGAGGAAGAAAAGGGAAUAAAGUUAAUGGAACAACAUGCAAGUAGUGAAUCUAGUGAUUUGGAAGAUGAAGAUUAUAGCGACAGUGUUAAGGAAAGUCUGAGUUCAUCUAUGCAUGAAUCUAAGAAUUUUGAUGACGAUGAUGAAUCAAUGAAUAGUAGCCACAUUGACCUUGCUGUUGCUGAAGCUCAAGUUCAUUUGUAGGAACCUUGUAUAAAUAUAGAAUAAAGGACUUUUACUUA